AUGUGUAUUUGCAUCUCUUUUAGUACCUUAAGGAGAAUUACUGAAAUCUCAGCAUGCAUCAUGUGCAUUUUAGGAGUAUUUGCAAUUAUAUUUGGUGGCGUUUUACUAGGUCAAAACAAAAAAGUUACUUCUGAUUCUGCUAAUUUCAUAGCUGCUUCGUUUGGUAUAAUGCUUGGCUUAGGCUUUAUCUUAUUGUUAGUAGGCGCUUUAGGUUUACUUGCAUGGAAAAAAAGAAAUAAUUGCCUACUUGGAAUAUAUAUUGUAUGCCUUUGCAUUGUUGUUGCCUGCUCUGCUAUUGUUUUUGGAGUUUCUGCAGGUGCUUACUAAAUUGUUUAAGAUUCUAAAGAUGACACAAACUGUUAGAAAAAAGAUUUUUUAAUAUACAGUCGUAAGGUCUAUGAAAAAGCAUAGACUGUAUUCUGCUCAAAGGAUUGUAUGUGUUAGGUUAAACAAAGCUACUUGAAUCCUAAUACAAUUAGUUCAUGGAAUUGGAGCGAGACUCAAGGUAAAGUUAAAAGCUAAGAUUGUCCCACAUUUAAUUAAUCAAUUGAUUUUACUAUCCCAAGUGAUAUAGGAAAUCUUUCUGAUUUAACUAAAUUACUAGGUUAUGUAGAAACAAGCUUUGACUGUUCAGGAUUCUGCAGUAAAUAGCCUAUUUAUUAUUUUAGUAAUUCUUACAAAGGUCAACCAACCAAAGACUGUAAACUAGAACUUUUAAACUUCUUAGAUACAAGUUUACUAUCAUUAGCAAACGGAGGCUUGGCAGUAUUAAUUAUAUCAAUAAUAGGUUGUGUGUGUUCAUGUUCCUUGAUUUGCCAUAAGCAUAAAAGGGAAGGAAAUCCAUAUUAUGAUGAUGAAUAUGAAAUGCCAAAUAUUAAAACAAACAAAUAUAGAUGA